AUGGCAACAAUCGCAGUGAUCACUGGCGGUGCUGGCGAUAUCGGUCGUGCCAUCGCCAGCCAGCUCGCUGUGAAGCAUUCUCUUACUGUGCUCGUAGAUAUCAAUUCUACAAAACUAAACCAAGCACUUGAUACAUUUCCCUCUGAAAUUCGUCAAAAAAUGGCCAUCGAGACGUGCGAUGUCACUGAUUCUACAGCCGUCAACAAACUGGCAGAAAAAAUAUCCGCUCUUGGCAGCAUCAAAACCCUUGUGAAUAACGCUGGAGCUACCAGUGCAGCUUCGCUUCAUGAAACGAACCCAGAUUCGUGGAGGAGAGAGAUAUCACUCAACCUUGACGCUGCUUAUUUGUGCUUCCACGCCUUUGCCGAUCACCUCAAGAAGACCAUCGCAAGUGUAAUCAACAUUUCCUCCGCCAACGGCCUCGGUACAUUCGGCAACCCAGCCUACAGCACAGCCAAAGCAGGGCUCAUCCACUUCACGCGAGCCAUUGCGGUUGAAUACGGCAAGUUUGGCGUUCGAGCAAAUGCAGUUGCACCAGGCACCGUCCGAACAGCUGCAUGGGACGAAAAAAUCAGAGACAACCCGGCCGUGUUUGAGGAGGUGAUACAGUGGUACCCGAUGGGUAGGGCAGUUGAAGUCGAGGAUGUCGCUGCUGCAGUGGCGUUUCUGAGUGGCGAUCAGGCCAAGGCGAUCACUGGAGUUUGUUUGCCUGUUGAUGGGGGGUUGCUUGCAGGGAUGCCUCCCGUGGCGAGAAGUUUUGGAGUGAGCGAAUACUAUUGA